UUCAUCGUCUAACAUUCAACGAAAUGUUUACAAAUAAUUUUCUAAAAUUUACGUUUAUUGUAAGUGUUCUGUUUACAAUAGAUGUUGUUCUUCAACAAGCUGAAAGUUCAAUGUUAAAUUCUCAUUAUGGAGACAAUUCCUAUCAAUAUCCAAUAGUAUAUCAACGUUUUAUACGACGACGACCACCAAUGCAUCUACAUGAUCAGUAUAUGGAAGAAAUUCGUGAAAUCUUUCAUACAAAAGAGAAACCUCCCUCAGGAGACAGAACAGCAAUGUCGGAUGAAGAUAUUGAUAAAUUUAUAUUCUGUGAUUUUAAUCGACAUCUGGAUGAAUGUAAAAGUUAUUGGGAAUCCCGUAAGAGACCUAUAAUUGCCAGACCUACAACUAUAAGUAAUCCUCAAUCAAGUGGCAGAAAAACAAUGACAGAUGAAGAGGUUGAUAAAUUUAUAUUCUGUGAUUUUAAUCGACAUCUGGAUGAAUGUAAAAGUUAUUGGGAAUCCCGUAAGACACCUAUAAUUGCUAGACCUACAACAACAAAAACAUCUUUAAUUGAAACAUCAACUACCUUGAAAUCUACUACAACUACAAGUGAUUCUCCAUCAACAACUGAAUUUUUCGGAAUUCCACAUCUGGUCAAUAAUGAGAAUAAUGAAAAUAUAGAUGAAGAUUUGGACGUUGAAGAGGAAAAGGAAUAUAAUGAUUAUGAAUAUGAUGAAUAAUAUUUGGGAGGGAUCAGAAGUAGAUCGAAGCAAUCGCACAAAAUAUUUUGUAAUAAUUCUUCUUUUUCGUAAAACCAUCAACUAUCUGAUAUGCUGCCAAUACAGUAUCCAGUUAAAUCUUAAGGAAUUUCCAUCAAACGCCAACAAUUCUAUUGGAAAAAUUUUAUUACUAUUCAUUUAUAACAAGUAAGAAGUUAAAGUAGGGCGAGGUCGACCAUAUAAUACCCUACACGAGUUAUAAAAAUAAAAUGUGAUUUAGUGUUCAUAAUAAAGCAUUAAAGUUGAAUUGUUCCUUAUCUUAGAUAUA